GACUGUCUCCCACGGGCCAGACUGCACCAUUAUCAAAAUGAGUACAAAGCUUCGCCAUUACUGUCCAUUCUUGUCGAGAGUACUAAUUUAUAUUAUUCUAGCUACCAUAUACAAUAAAGUAUGAAAUAAAACCAUCAAAUUAUUCUUUAAUUGCAUUUUUAGCUCAACGGUUCAAUUUGGUACAUUGUUUGGAUGAUACAAUCUUUAAUCAUCUAUUCAUCAAAUCAGACAUAGAUGUAAAGAUCUAUACACAGCAAUCUGGUAAAAUGGGGUUGUUGAAUUUGGGGAAAGUACAGGGAUCUAGGGUUGAAAGGGCCCUUUUGGUUAAAGGGCUAUGUGGAGCUUAAAGGUCUGAAAUUUGAUAAGUAUUUGGUUGAAAAUAAGAAUAGUAGAAGUAAUACAAGGAUGAAGGAAUUGGUGGGAAGUCCAGGAAGUGUGAGUGGGUUGCUAUUGAGGUUUGGGCAAUGUUUAUUUGCAGGUAGCUCAAUUGGGGUCAUGGUUUCUGCUUCUGGUUUCUCUAAUUACACUGCUUUCUGCUAUUUGAUUGCAUCAAUGGGACUUCAAGUAUUGUGGAGUUUUGGGCUUGCAUGUCUAGACAUCUAUGCUUUGAGGAUAAAACGAGACCUUCAAAAUCCCGUCUUAGUGAGCCUCUUUGUUGUUGGAGACUGGGUUACUGCAACUCUAUCACUUGCAGCUGCGUGCUCGUCAGCAGGGAUUGCUGUUUUGUAUUCAAAAGAUUUAAACUUCUGUAGUAGUCCACCCUAUCUUCCAUGUGGUAGAUUUGAGCUCUCUGUGGUGUUAGCGUUCAUAACCUGGUUUCUUAUUGCCAUUUCUUCCCACGUGAUGUUUUGGAUUCUAGCUGCCGUUUGAUGAUGUGAGAGCAUUUCUCUCUGCUCAGAAGAUUGCUUCUGAAAUGACUUUCAAGGACACAUCACAUCUAAAUCUAAUUUCCACGAGCUUGUAGCCGUAUCUUCCUUGGCAAUCGAUAUUCAGAAGAGAUAAGAGUUUCUUCUGCACUGGUUGAGUUGCUUGAGGUUACGCGGUUUCCUGUUGUGUUCUUCAAGUUCGAUUUUGAUCUGAGUGUAAAUUGUAACCUCCUAAUUGUACUCUAAUCUACUGCAGUUCAAUUACAUUUAGAUCUA